AGCUUCUUUACGGUAAGUAUAUAUAUUGCGGGUCCAUCCAUUUUUGGAUAACAGUUGCAAUUGCAAUUGCACUGUGAUAUUGAUUCACAUUAUUAAGUUUACAUAGUGCACUCAAAAUGAGAAUUUUUGCUAUAUUUCUCAUUGCUCUGCCGAUAACUGGCAUUCUUGCCACACACCUCCCCAUUAACAUUGGUUCACAUGGAGGAAAAGACUGUGAUAAAGGCCAAGAGGAAGAAGGCCCCAGAAGGACAUGGAGACAUAUUCGUUAUCAUCACGGUGGUCACCGACGUAGCCAUCAUUCUGGUCAAGUUCUUGGAUCAGUCACUGGUGAGCAAGACCAAUCUGGUGGAGUUGUAGGCCAUGUUACUGGUGGAAAACAUGGAAAUGUUAUCGGGAAAGUUACUGGCAGUCAACACCAAUCCGGUGGAGUUAUUGGUAAAGUAACAAGAAAACAUGGAAACGUUAUUGGAAAAGUUACUGGCAGCCAACACCAAUCUGGUGCAGUUCUUGGUAAAGUAACAGGAAAACGUGGAAAUGUUGUUGGAAAAGUUACUGGUCGUCAACACCAAUCUGGUGGAGUCUUAGGUCACGUCACUGGUGGAAAACAUGGAGGAGUAUUGGGUAUUGUCUCUGGUAACCAACACCAAUCUGGUGGAGUUCUUGGUUCCGUCACUGGAGGAAAACGUGGUGGAGUUUUGGGAUCCGUUACUGGUCAACAAAGUCAAGUUGGUAGUGUCUUAGGCUCUGUCACUGGAGGAAAACAUGGAGGAGUAUUGGGUAUUGUCUCUGGUAGCCAACACCAAUCUGGUGGAGUUCUUGGUUCCGUCACUGGUGGAAAACAUGGAGGUGUUUUGGGAUCUGUUACUGGCCAACAAAGUCAAGUUGGUAGUGUCUUAGGCUCUGUCACAGGUGGAAAACAUGGCGGAUUAAUACACGCUGUAGUUGGUAAACAUGGUACAGUUGGAACUGUUGUUAAUAAAGUAACUGGAGGCAAAACUCUCGUUAAUAUUGGUGGUAAAAAGAAACAUUGCAAUAAAGGAAGUAAUGACGAUGGUGAUAAUGAUGAUGACGACGACAGUAACGAUGGUGAUGAUGACAACAACGAUGAUGGACAAAGCGGUUCAUCUAGUUCAAGUCAAAGUUCAAGUUCCGCUAGCUCAUGGAGCAAAUCAAUUUCUGCUGGUCGUCGACACAGAUGGAUUAAGGAAUGGGAUUCUGGAAAAGAUAUUAUCAUUGAAAUAAGUGACGAAGAAGAUGAUGAUUCAAAUGACUCUGGCGUAGGAACUGAUUCUGAUAAUGAAGACGAAUCUAACGAUAAUUCUGAUGAUGUAGAAAAAUCUGAUGAAGAUUCUGAUGAUGAAAAUGAAUCUGACGAUAAUUCGGCUGAUGUAGAUGAUUCUGAUGUUGACUCCGAUGAACUGAAUGAAUCAGAUGAAGAUUCUAACAAUGUAGAUGGUGAUCAGAUCAAAUCAGAUGGUGAUUCUGACGAUGUAGAUGGAUCUGAUGAUGAUUCUGACGAUGACUCAGAUGAGAACACAAUCGUUGAAGAUGGAGGAAUUGAAGAUGGUUGGGUAAAACAAAUCAUCUGGCGAAGAGUUCCUGGGUGGAAAUCUGGAAGUCACAGUAAAUCAUGGGCUUCUAGUUCUAGUUCAGCAUGGAGCAAAAGUAAAAGCGGUUCCGACCGUUGGAAUCCCAACUGGCGUAAAAGUGUUCCUCAAAAACAAUGGGAUAACAAUGAAGACGAAGAUGACACAGGAGAUGAAGAUGACAAUGAUGAUGGCUCAUCAGGAGGAUCGCUCAUUAACAUUAGUCCGAAAAUAGGAUUAGGAAUUGGCUCCUCCAUUGCUAGUAGUCGUUCCAAAGCUUCAAGUCUCAGCAAGAGUGUUAGCGGAGCCAAAGGUCUUACUUCCUCACUAGCUAAAAGUGGAGCUUCAGCUUCGAGUCUCAGCAAAAGCGUUAGCGGAGCCAAAGGUCUUACUUCCUCACUAGCUAGAAGUGGAGCUUCCGCCUCAAGUCUCAGUAAGAGUGUUAGCGGAUCAAGAGGUCUUGCUUCCUCACUAGCUAAAAGUGGAGCUUCCGCCUCAAGUCUCAGUAAGAGUGUUAGCGGAUCAAGAGGUCUUGCUUCCUCACUAGCUAAAAGUGGAGCUUCCGCCUCAAGUCUCAGUAAGAGUGUCAGCGGAUCAAAAGGUCUCUCUUCCUCAGUAGCUAAAAGUGGAGCUUCUGCUUCAAGCCUGAGUAAAAGUGUUAGCGGAUCAAGAGGUCUUGCUUCCUCAGUAGCUAAAAGUGGAGCUUCCGCCUCAAGUCUCAGUAAGAGCGUUAGUGGAGCCAAAGGUCUCUCUUCCUCAGUAGCUAAAAGUGGAGCUUCCGCCUCAAGUCUCAGUAAGAGUGUCAGCGGAUCAAAAGGUCUUACUUCCUCACUAGCUCAAAGUGGAGCUUCUGCCUCAAGCCUGAGCAAGAGCGUUAGUGGAGCCAAAGGUCUUGCUUCCUCAGUAGCUAAAAGUGGAGCUUCAGCUUCAAGUCUCAGCAAGAGUGUUAGCGGAUCAAGAGGUCUUGCUUCCUCAGUAGCUAAAAGUGGAGCUUCCGCCUCAAGUCUCAGCAAGAGUGUUAGCGGAGCCAAAGGUCUCUCUUCCUCAGUAGCUAAAAGUGGAGCUUCAGCUUCAAGUCUCAGCAAGAGUGUUAGCGGAUCAAAAGGUCUUGCUUCCUCAGUAGCUGAAAGUGGAGCUUCCGCCUCAAGCCUAAGCAAGAGUGCUAGCGGAUCAAGAGGUCUUGCUUCCUCAGUAGCUAAAAGUGGAGCUUCCGCCUCAAGUCUCAGCAAGAGUGUUAGCGGAGCCAAAGGUCUCUCUUCCUCAGUAGCUAAAAGUGGAGCUUCAGCUUCAAGUCUCAGCAAGAGUGUUAGCGGAUCAAAAGGUCUUGCUUCCUCACUAGCUAAAAGUGGAGCUUCAGCUUCGAGUCUCAGCAAGAGUGCUAGCGGUAGUGGAUCAGAGAGCGGCGCAUCAAGUUCUAGCCAAAGUUCAGCACAAUCUUCUUCAUCAGCUUUAGGAGGAUCUGGAGCAGGUAGCCAAGCUGCAUCAUCAGCUACAAGCCAAGCUUCUUCAUCAGCUAAUUCGAUUGGCUCUGGAGCCUCAGGUGCACUUUCUCAAGCAUCUAGCAGUGCAUCAUCUGAAGCUUCAUCCGGUGCCGGUUCAAUGAGCGGUUGAUCAUCAUUGGGAUGAGGUCUUAUGUUCCCGAAUCAAAAUCACUGGACCUAAUCAGAAAAUAAUGUAAUGCUGAUCGCCAUUCUGGAGCAUCAUUAGUUUUUAAGAA